UUAGUACCUAGUGUAAUAGUAAGAUGGAUAAAAUUAUUUGUGGUCUAUUAGCUUUCAUUUGUUUCAUCCAGUGUUUGUGUGUAGCGCAAAUAGUGAAGUUUGGAACAUGCCCUGAUGUCAAGACCAUGAAGUAUUUUGAAUUGGAAAAGUUCCUCGGUGUUUGGUACGAAAUAGAGCGGUUCCCGACGUGGUACGAGGAUCAAGGCGACUGCGCGUACAAACGCAUAAAUGCGUGCGGGCGCCAUAUUGAAAUCGAGCACGUGUACGUAAAAGACGGCAUCGAGUACGUACUUCAUGUGAACACGACGUAUUCUGCUGGAGACGAGGCUGUUUUCGUCAUACAGGAGAGUAAUAUCGAUCCAAUGGGCAUACCAAUAUCAGUACUAACGACGGACUACACCAACUACGCGGUUAUCUACGGUUGUAGGAACAGUGAAGAAAUGAAUCUGAUGUACAUUUCAGCCUGGAUCGCGUCCCGCUCGUCCACUCUCGACCCAGAGACGCUAGACAGAGCGCGUCGCGAGCUCAGCUCCAUCCCCUUUGCCAGUGCAGCGUACUUGGAGAGAGUCGAGCAGGAGAAAUGCAGUUUCCACUGGACGGCACAUGUCGAGGCAGUUAUUGCACCUGUCGAUGAAGAAUCUUAGACGGCUAUU